CGGACUCGCAGACGUCGCUUGCCCUUGAGCUGUGGUGAAUGCAGGUCGAAAAAGCUCUCCUGCGACCGGGACUGGCCUUGUCAGCGGUGCUCGCGGGCGGGUCGUCGAGAUCUGUGUACUUACGACACGCCCACCGGUCGACCGCCUGCGACAGGUCAGCGACCACAGCACCAUAAAAGGCACCUGAGACAAGACGACACAGAAGAGCUACGGCGCUUGCGGACUGAGGUGACUAGUCUAAGAAGUCUUGUCUUCCAGGGCCAACCUGACCUGAAUCAUGUCAAUGCGGAAAGGAUAACCCAGGCCAAGCUUGAUACCCCACCAAUUAUACCAUCAGCAAGGUUGGACAGUACUGUCAACCUUCAACAGACUGAUCACCAAAAGGAAGCAUCCGAAUUCUAUCAUCCAAAGGAUCGCGCACCGCACGGUUAUUAUGCUAAGCACUCUCUAUUCAAAUUCUUCACAGAGAUUACACAAAUCGUUCCUUUCAUUACUGAAGUCACAGAAGAAUGGCUUCGUCCAACCGGCCUGAGACUCAAGAAACAGAAAACGCUCAUUUCCAAGGACGAGAACUUGACCCUCGAUGCGUUGCUUCCUCCAAGAGAUGAUGCCGAUCUACUGGUGUCCUACUAUCUCGACAACUAUGAGCAUCUUCAUCGUAUAGUUCAUGUGCCUACGUUCAAGAGACAGUAUCAUGACUUCUGGCUUUCGGAUCAGUUGCGCUCACCAGCUGUUGCUUCUCUGAUUCUGUCCAUGAUGGCUGUUUCUGCUAGCGGCCCGCCUAUCGGUGAGCGUUAUCAAGAUAUAGCUUCACACUGGGACGUAUCAGUCGAUGAGUGGCUGCGACAACAGAGUCCAAAACGAUAUAAACUUAUCCAUUAUCAAGUUUUGUGUCUCAGCUAUCUAGCUAAACGAAUGAACAUGAUCCACAAGAAGUUAUUCUGGACAGAGUCAAGCAACCUUCUGCAAAGAGCCAUCCUGGACGAGCUACCCUAUGCUGACUCGAUGCGCCGCACCGAAGAUGUCUUUCAGGGCGAGAUGAGGCGUCGUAUCUGGCAUGUUAUACGUGAGCUUGAGCUUCAGAACUCAUACGAGUUCGGUUUGCCAACUCUUCUUCAUAACAUCGAUCAUAAUACUGAAGUUCCUGCGAACAUCGAGGAUGAAGAAUUCGAUGAGUUCUGCACGCAAAUUCCUGGUUCCAGAUCAGCGAAUCACUAUACUCAAAGUUCAUACCAGAGCAUAAGCGCACGUAGCUGGUCACUACGUUUGGAGAUCUCUCGACGCUUAUCUAGUCCCGCCAUCGCUAACCCCAUGACUUAUGAUGACGUUCUUCGGUACACACACCAGCUGACAGACGAGAUUGCUAAGCUCCCGAUCUGGGAUCUAGCCUCUCGUAAAGGUCUUUCCUCAACCGUCAAUGGGUUUCUAAAGUUCCAACUCAUGGAGUGUGUCCUUGCUAUUCACCGACCAUACCUGCAAAAGGACGGCUCAGCGUUCUGGCUUUCGGAGAACAUCUGUCACCAAAUGUCCCGAGAGAUGCUUUUGAUCAACUGUCAAAUCAGUGAUCUAGGUCUCCAGCCCUUAACUCGCUUGCGUGAAGACUUGUUACUGGGUUCAUUGACCCUUACGCGGAUCAUGCUAUUACAAAGCCCUCGGUCCACCAGUAUCAUCAUGAGUUCCGCCAACUCCAUCAUUGAGCUCAUGGAACGCAGUCUGAAUAUAGCAGCUGAGAGAUCCUUGCGCUGCCGCAAGAGUAAGCCUUGGUGUUUCAUCACAAUCAGUGCUGCUAUUUCGUUACUCAAAGUUCACCUGGGGAUGUGGGAUCGGCCAACCGCCAAAUACUCUUGUGCAUCGACUUUCCUCGAAUUAUAC